AUGUUUGGCCAGUCCAAGAGCUCUGCACUGCGCAAUGCACGCAUCGAGUCGAGCGACAUUGUGAGGGGCAGAAACACCACCAUCUGGCUGUUUAUCGAGAUCGUCACGCGCAUUGAACCGGAGGGAUCCCUGGAGGUGAUUUGGCCGUACCACCACAUGGAUAUCUUCAGCUAUCCUGAGUGGCUGGAGAACGUGCGGUAUAGCCAUGUCAGGGCAGCUACAGAGCUGGGUUCGAAGCCCGCCCCAUCUUCUCUCCGACUCCGGUACAUUGCCUUCAUUUCGGCCCUAGAGAAGCUUGGGGAUUGGCUGACCCCACCCUUGGGCGAGCUGCGGUUGGAGUUCCGAGCAAACACCUCAGGCUUUGACCCUGGACUCUACAUUUUUGAGAUCAACGCCACCAAUCCUCCGAUGGCGGCGGCGAAUCCAGCGGUCGCUUCUUCACCAUGCAAAUUCAAGGGGUGCAUUUCUUGGUACAGCAAGUCGGAGCUUUUCAAUCCAGUCCUCUACAACCCGCUGACAGGCGUUUGGACUCAUGACGACCAGCCGGUGAACAUGUGGCAGAAGCAGUAUGACUAUCGAACCUCGGUGAAGGCUCACCAGAUCGCCAACCCCAUGGCCAUCGCUGCAGUGGUCAACCUCACGUUGGAUGAACGUUUGGCCUGUGGCCGGGACGACCGGCCUCUCCGCCGGAGUGCGGUUGUGAUUGGCUUUGCGCUGGACCAGUAUGUAUCCAGAUCUGAGGAAGUGUUGGAGAUUCGGGCACCCAUUGGUUGGCUCUUCGACUCGGACUGCCAAGUUAAAACAGAUCCGCAGGAGGUGUAUCCGCCACCUGCAGAGAGGCCAGCUGUGAUAUCCUUGCUGAACAACACGCCUGAGCUGACAGUGCAUGACUGGCCGGCAUCAGCACGCAUCAUCACUUGCCGCGGAGACUCGCACAUAGCCUAUGUGCGGAUUGGACCAGGACUUGAUCGCAGAAGGGUGUACCUGUUCCGGAUUGAGAUCAAACAGAAUCCUGCGAAUACACCCAUUGCCAACACUUGGUCCUUGACCAUGGGCACCGAAUCCUCGGGAGCGAUGGAGGGUUUUCCUGUCUGGACAUUUCCCGGCACUCGCAUUGAACCCGUGCUGCUGGCUUGGACCAACAAGUCCAAUCCAGUGUCCAUGCCUGUGGCCAUCUUCUUUGAGACAACCAACUGGCUCUUCUAUUUUGAGCCACCCAUGACGCCGCUCAGCAAGCUGGCGCCCAUCCUUCGGAUUGUGAUGCCUGCACAGUAUGAGUUUCUGAUUGAAGCCACAGAUCAAGAUAUGCAAGGUGAGCGCUGCUACAUGAGUAUGCAACAAGAAGGCAGUUGCCGGCUUUGUGGCGUUCCAUUCCAGCCGUCAGAAGCAUGGUGCGUGCGCGAAUGGAACCGGAAGAAUGCUGCAGAGAUCCACUUCCAUUCGUCCAAGAUCCUUGAACCACAGUUUCAGUACAGUGUUUGGGUGGUGGUCACAAACCCACACUCGCCUGAUGCGAUCGAUGGGCCGAAAAGCACUUGGCUGAUGGAGACCUUCUUCGGCGAGCCAGUGCCUCCGGCCAUGGCGCCCUACGGCUAUUGGCUGGAUUAUGUGGUGGCACCAGGCCCUGUGUUUUUACAGAAAGAGCAGUAG